AUGGGGCCCGGAUUGUUUUGGAACUUCUCUUCAAAGGCUGGCUGCACGGUGCCGCAGAGCCUGCUGCAGACAAUGUACGUAGUGCCUUCUGGAAUGGAGUGCAUAUACUGUAUAUAGCUUCCUUAAGUUGUCUUUUUGGCAUCUAGUCCAUUGCUACUUCCAUUCACUGUCCGUCCUUCUUGAAGUAAUGGGCUGAUGACUGCAGUGUUCCACACCAAGGCCUAGCUUGUGGACCGUAACUUAGUGUGCUGGAGUACAAGCCAAUGGCCAAUCACUGCAGAGCAUUGGACCACAACUCAUGAAUCCAAUUGCUGCUCGGUGUUGGACCAUUUCUUGUGAGUCAUUAAGCACUUUUUGGCAAAGUUGAAAGAGACUCAUGAGCCAUGGACCAAUCACAGCAGAGCACUGGACCAAGACAUAAUUUGAAGAAUCGUAUCUCACUUUCACCCCGUUAAGGCCCUGUUAAUGAUGGUCAGAAGAGCUGUAGCCAAGCAUCACAGCACACAUUCUCUAUGUGUGUGUAACAUUACCAUCCAUCAGCUUUGAACCCCAGCCAUGGCUGUUUUUGUACUGUGUUGUUAUCAGUGGACGGAACUGCAUGUACCACACAACUUGCAUGCUAAUCAUGUCCUCGCUUUGGGGUUUGUGGGUAUAGUCUCAAACUCCGUAUUAUCAUCUGCUUGAUAGUCUUUUGGCAGAAGGUAUAGCUAGUUGUCAAGUAGUUGAAAUCUGUUGCAUAUUUUCUCUGUUUAGGCUUUUGGAUUUGUUUCCUGAGACUAACCACCAUACUUACUACUUUUAGUUUUCGGUAUCUCAAGUACAAAUUGUCCGGCUCAAUCAAACAACCUGAUUUUGGGGGGGCAAUAAAGAGACCUUGCGUGCUACAGGCCGAGAUGUUGUGGAUGUUUGGCUUAGAAUAGACAGAGAAUGGGGGAUUCAGUGAAGCGGAUGAUGUAGCUAGUUGACAUAUUGGUUAUUGAGUGUGCCUACACUGGGCGAGGCUGUUGUCUCUAAUAGCUGACAUCUGAAACGGCCGAUGUAUGGCCUGGCAGCAUACUGUACCGUGAGAUAAAACAGGAUUUUCUGGCAAGUGUAAGUUUCCACCACUAUGGAACCUUUAACAAAACUGAGUCAGGUGGAAGAAGAGGGCUGGAUUUCUAAGAGAUAAGCUUCCAAGAUCAGGGCAGUAAAUGUAAGGCAGAUGCUUUCAUGUCUACCUACAAUACUUAUAGUACUUUCUAUUGGCUCGUUUACAGUAGGCCUAUCACAUUUCAUAUUAAAAUCAUUAAGAGAUCCAUCUUUUGGUAUACAAGUACGAAUGCAGCGAUCAAAAAUGUAGUCUUAUGAGACAGUAGUGGUCGGUCAGGAAGGUUUUAAGAGCUCCCCUGCCUCUGUUGUGUACGGGUCCCAUUGAGAGUCAUAUGCCGUGCCCUUCUGUCCAGCUUGCUCUGUCCCAUAGCAAGGGCUACCUAGUGACAGGAGGCAGGGCCAGGCUAGGUCAGGCAGGCUGUAACCACAGCCCUGUGGAUUCCUCAGGGGCCACGGUUCUAUCAGGUUGUCUCUGAUGCCAGCUCUUAGAGCAGCACAUCCACAGAGAUAGGGAUAGGCUGCCUCACAAAUGGCACCCUAUUCCCUUUAUAGUGCACCACUUUUGGCCAGUCCUGUAGGUAUAUGUCCCAUAGGGCUCUGGUCAAAAGUAGUGCACUAUAUAGGGAUAGGGUGCCAUUUGGGACACAGGUAUACAGUAGGCUGGCCUGCAGGGCAAAGCCCAUAAGCCUGUUGGAAAUAUGAGAGGCACCAUGCCAGGGGUACCAGCCAUACCAGCCAUGAGCUGAUAUCUGGUGAUCCAUUUUUAAUCCAUGAGUCCACGUUUGAUAUCUUGCUCCCCCCGCGAAUGGUUUGCUUUUCGUCUCUUCAGACAUGCAUCACUGUAUUAAUAAUUGAAUGUUUCAAUUAUAUGUUUCAACAGCUUACAGUUUUAAUGGUUCUGUUGUUGUAGGAAAUGUCUGUUUGUACAGAACAAAUAUGUCCACUUAGCUCAUAAACAACACUAGGAACAAAAAGAAACAGGGGAAACCAAGCAGGACAGAGAGGAUGUCAGAUACAGUGGAAAGAUUGGUAGGCAAACAUGUGGGAAUACUGUCUGGUCUGCGUAGACUAAAACAUCCUCAGUCAGGGUUUUCAGUGGUUUUCAGUGAAAGCAGAUUAUUGGGAGAGCAGAGAGAUAAAAACAGUGAGAUUCAUCUGAGAGCAGUGACACUGGAACACUGGUUAUGUCUCAAAUAGCACCCUAUUUCCCUAUAUAGUGCAUUACUUUUGACCAGAGCUCUGGUCAUAAGUAAUGCACUAUAUAGUGAAUAGGGUCCCAUUUGGGAUGUUUUAAUGCAGGAUAUCUAUCAGUGAGCGCAAAGCCUCAGGUAUGACCAGUGUUCUUGUUUGUGCUCCUUUCCCCUCUCUCUGAUAUUAAUUUGUUGGUGUGUUUAAUUGAUUUACUUUCUUGGGUUAUUAGAUUCCACAAGCGUGAAGGUGUAGUCUGUGCUCUCUGCGGCGGAGAGCAAAGGGCCAUUUACUCCUUUGGAUGAGUUGGCCUUUAAUCCUCUCUAAUGUUAUCGUCCAUAUGGCUAAUUAAUAAGCUGGACCAUAGUUAAUUAUGUUACUGACAGCGAGGAGGCUUGAAAAAUCAUGAAUCAAGUAGCAGUGCCUUUCUGGAUGUUUUUCAGGGAUCACUGCUGGGUCAGUUUUAUUUAAUUUAUGGGCAAAACAAACUGUUCAAAAACCCUUGUCAAAAAGAGUUACAAUCCUGACUGUACACAAACACUAAUACAUUACACAAACAAACACACACAGACACACACUGUACACACACACUGUACACACACUGUACACACACUGUACACACACACUGUACACACACAUAACACAGAGCUGAACCUGGCCCAGUUUCCAGGUAUUGAUUCUGAAUUUGUGCAUUUGGCCAGAUGCUUCCCCCCACAUGCACAUCCCAUGGAUUUCCUGUCCAGCAGAAUGCUUUUCCCACAGCCUUGUCGUCCCCAUCUCCCCUUAGCCUCUUUCAGACACUGGCUGUGUCUAGCUCCCUCCCUCGCACUCAGCCUCACUCACUCUCUAUCACAGAUAUGAGUCACACAGAAUGAGCUUAUCCCCCUGCAACUGUAAUUGAAGACUGUGAGAGAGAUGUAUUCUCAGUAAACCCUUCCAGCUCUGAACCCUAUGAGCUACAUGAGAGUGGGAGAGUGCUGUUAGAUAUACAUGAUGUGGUGAGAAUGGAGCACGGCCAGCCAGACAGAGAUAGCUAAGGGGGUAAAUAGAUGGGAGAGGGGAGCAGCUGGUGGAAAUGAGAUGAUGUUAAAAGGAAAAGAGAAGCUAAACCAGAUCCUGUUAGAACCCAGCCGGGCCGGGCCGACAGCAUAGCUGGGGGUUGUCAUGGCAACAAAGUCUGGGUAGAACCGUGGCCCGAUAAAAGAACAGAGGAGAGGGAGAGAUGGGGAUGAGAAAAGAGGACAGAUUUAUUUUACCCUCCUUGACCAAAUAAAAGGAAGAUCUUCAACCUCAUGGAGAAAAAUAAACCUCACCUCAUCUUUUUACUAGCAGAGAGCAGAUUUAAAGAGCAGAUUUAGAGAGCUGAUUUACAGUCCACGCAUUACAGCACUUUGACUCUGUGACCCCGGCCCACACUGGAUGAAAAGAGACUUAGAAGUAGCACUUGAUCCUUUUGACUCCAUAGACCAUGGAUGCACAAUGGACGCACACACACACACACACACACACACACACACACACCACCAGCACCACCAAAAAGUGAAGUUGAUGUUCCCGAUCAGUCUCAUUUUAGGUCAAUGAUGUCCACCUCAUUUCAUUUCAUUAGUACGAUGAAUAGUAUGAAAAUGUAUGCACUCACUAAUUGUAAGUCGCUCACGGAUAAGAGCGUCUGCUAAAUGACUAAAAUAUAAAAUGUUAAUAGUUCCUCAGAGAAAAUAUAAAACCCUAUUUGUGGAUUUAGGGAAUAUUAAAUAAAGCAGCAGCUAGCGAAUAAAAGUAAUGAGUCACCUAAACCCAAAUCAGUAGGUUUGAAACAGUGUCAACAGGGACAAAUAUAGACUGUGUAAUGAUAAUUGAUUUCACAGCGAGCCAUCUUAUAUAAGGCUGUGGGGGUGGGGGAGAGGGAGGGAGGGAGGGAGGGAUAGAGUUAAGCAGGCAGAUUGAUGAGGCUGGUGGCUGGUUAGUUCCUAAUUAAAACUGGUCAUGGGCCCAUUGUCAUGCUUAUGCAAAGGUCACUUUCAAACAGAGAACAGCAACAGUGUUGUCGCAAAGAGAGGAAUAUGGUUUUGUUUUCAAGUGUCUGCAAAUUACUUUUAUUUUGGAGUGUCUGCAUCUGGGUUUUGUCUGUUUAAGGGUGUUCAUUAUACACAAAGACAGGUCUGGAAACUGCCACAGAAAGAGAGAGGGAGAGAGAGAGAGAGAGAGAGAGAGAGAGAGAGAGAGAGCGAGCUGUCCAGCUGUUACUGCAUCCCAGCCAUUAAACAACCUGUCAUGGUGUGAAGUUGCAGUUUCUAGAUCUUUAUGAGGCCACAGCUCCUCCUUGCCUGACUCAAUUUGGUAGGGAGACUCAAACAGAAAAUGUUUUGGUGCUAACUGAGUCUACAUUUAUGCCAGUAAAGUACUUAAUCCAGGAAGGACUAGUUGUUAGUCUCAUAGGUUUCCAUAUUCCCCAUACAUGCUUAUUGUGCUGGCAGCCUCUCAUUACUGCUUCUUUACCUUUACGCCUUUCUCAUCUCUAAAUGUGUUAUUCGAUAAGCUUUCUUUUAUCUUGUUGCAUUUGUUUUUCUUGACAAUGAACAAGUUAAUGUGCCUGUGCAUGCAUGCACAAUGUGUAUACGCAAUGUCUACCUGCAAGUGUGAGCGUGUGUGGACUCAUACGUGUGCUUGUGUGUGUGAGUCCAUGUGUGCAUUGGCUGCUUCUAAUUGAUAUCAUCAGUGAUCCAAUGUUUUAGUCGAGUGGCGCCAGCUCGGGUCAGGUCUGCUCUCUAUGGGUUUAGCAGUGUCCUUGUUUGGACAUAUCAAUCAGAAUUGAUAGAGCCCCUCUGUGUCCACUGACCUCAGCCACACUGCAGGAGUUUAAUUAUAUCCUAAUGGGAAGCUCACUGUCUGACUGUCUGUCUGGGCCCUCAGACCUGCUUUAUUCAACAGUCUGCGACCCAAUCCAUGAGCUGAAACCACUGGAGACCCAAAGAGAACAGGCUACUACUGUUUAAUCUGUUUUCCAAUAGGCCAACACCAGCACUUUACACAAUGCAUUCUCUAUUCAGAUACUGUGCAUCCCUGGACCUCCCCUUUACAUGUCCAACAUAAAGGGACUAUGAAAACAUUGGGAGGCUGGUGUACCAAUUAUAUAGGAAAAAGUAGAAAAUGGACUCUCCCACACCCAGGCCCAGCCACAGAAACCAUGGUUGAUAUACUGUAGAUAAUUAUUGGGGGAAGAAACCAUAUGAUAGGGGUUUGCUGCAGUGGUUUGAGUUGGUGGAUGGAUUUCAGAGGUUUUACUAAAGUAACAAAGUGGGCUAUGUAACCUCAGGUGUGCAUCGCUAUGGUGAUUGCAGGUUGCUCUCCAGGAUGGCUGGGAUGAAGGAGCAGCAAUUUACUGAGGAGAAACCUCUACUUCCAGAGCAGAGAGGACAAGACACUGAGAUGGUGAGUGUUUUCUUUACGUACCUGUGUCUGUGUGUGUGUGUGUGUGUCUGCGCUUCUUCGUUAUUUUGUGAGUGCAUGCGUUCAUUAGAAUAUUAAUUUGUUUUUGUGCAAGUGUGUGUAGUUGAUAUAAUAGUGUAUUUGUGCGUGUCCUGGUUGGAAAACAGAAAAUGUGUUUACUUGUGUAGGAGGGAUUAAUCAUACACUGCAUUAAUAUUCAUAUUUAGGAGUGUGAAAGGAAGGGGGGGGUUGAGAUGCUGCAAGGUCUUACAAAAACCACUGACUGCAGCAGUAUACCUCUCUUCACAUAAUAAGUAAUUCAGUAAACUCUUGAAUGCUGUGACUGAAAAUGAGGUGCAUAAGAGAGGUGGCAUCAGUAGAGAAAAUAAGUGCUAAUCACAUUGAUUAAAAUCCCAACUGUCUGAGAGAAUAUGUCACAGUAAUUUAUACACUUCACUGACACUCUUGACAAUGAUUGACAGAGUGGAGAAAGUGAUUACUAAGACAAUACCAAGACAGUGGCCGAUAAAACACAGAGGCUAAGUAAAAAUGUGUUAAUCAAUGCAAUGCUGAUUAUUACAUAGUGGUAAUUAAUAAUAUAAUAUAUAAUAAUAUGCCAUUUAGCAGACGCUUUUAUCCAAAGCGAUUUACAGUCAUGCGUGCAUACAUUUUUUGUGUAUGGGUGGUCCCGGGGAUCGAACCCACUACCUUGGCGUUACAAGCGCCGUGCUCUAUCAGCUGAGCUACAGAGGACCACAUCAUUAAUCAUAUUGAAGUAAAGAGCUAUGUGGAGUGGAUGUGUGACCCAGAUUAAUUUGUUUCCUUAAAAAUAAUAUGUUUUGAUUUGAUCAGGAUGACAUCAUGACAGCAGCUUAUCCAGACAGCCUUGCCUCUCUUGUCCUCCUCUACGUGGGUCAUGGCCUCCCAGGUCUGUUGGGUACAGAUGUAGGAUCUUAAUUUGAUGAGAAUGGUCCUACACAGCAGGAAAUGCAAACUUGUAGUGUAUUUAAGGUUUAAAAAGGCUUCUAAAGUUUGUAAUUUCCGCUUUAAAAUGCUAUACUUGAUUUGCCCUAACAAGAAAUGUAUCAAACCCUACAAAAAAUGUCCAUUAAUUAUAAUCCACAAAAUAAUUCACAUUUCCUGUUGUUCCAGGAUUAUUUUCCUGCUGUAGCAAACUGGCUCAAAUUAAGAUCCUACAUAUGUAGAGUCUUCCUUCCCUCCAGGCCUCUCCCUGCCUGGACCUCUGAGGUGGACUGACCAGCCACUGUAAUACACCUCUGUUUGUGUUUAUGACACAGAGAGACCAAGGGUGGUGUGUGAACGCACUCCCCUGUGCAAGCCCUGCGCCCCUCACCGCCCCCUCUUCCUCAAGCCGCUCCCCACAACGGUGGCAUGUGAUCGCGCGGCACUGGCUCCGCCAGACCCGCAAUCAGACCAGUGGGUGCAUCCCGGUAAUUACAAACUCAGAACACGCCCUGCAGGGGGACUAGUCCCCUCACCCUGCGGGGGCACCAAAUCUCAGAUACCUUCGGCUGUGCUAUUGGUUGCUCCUUUACAUAGCUUAUCCUCACCUGCAACACAUGAUGAGUCAGAUAAAUAUGGGGGCCACAAACAACAGGGGGAAGAAAUCCUUGGCACACAUCCUAUAGUAACAGAAUCAGCAGGGAUUUCAUACUUCCAGGUAAUCACACAGAGACACACAGAGACAGGCAGAGGAUCAUUUCAUAUAGAGAAAUGUUGAACUUCCUGGAGAACAACAUGCAUCCAGCCACCACCUCCAGCACAGCGCCACAGCUCCCUCCCCCACCAUGCUGUGCUACUGCAGUCACAUCUGGGCUCCAGAGGACAAGAGUGACACCUGCUGGUCCGACCGCCCAACUGAAACAACUAACCUACUGUCUCUCCUCUGAGAACAAAGUGCAUGACGUACCCAUUCUCUCUAGGUGUGUCUCUGAUCACUGUAACACUGUCUUGAAUGACAUCACCAUCUAUCACUGGACUGCUGUGUUCUGAUAAUAAUGCAACCAUUUGACAACUUUCUUAUUUGUUUCACCUCAUCCAUGUUUUAAUGUAUAAUCCUAUCAUUUUGUCUUUCCUGAAACCACUGUAUAUAAAUGAUUGCACCUUUAGGAUCUCAAAGGGUUUGGGGACUAUUGUUCUUAACCUACUCUAAUGAUGCUUGGUCUGAUUCAACUAUAACCUCUAUAGAGCAUUCUAGGGGAAUGCUUGAGUUCUGGUUUGACUCUUAGUGCAGGGAAAGGCAUCUUUCUGUCUCUCCUUUCCCUGAGCCUUCUCUUUCCUGUCCUCUAACUACUGUCUGUUUGUUUGGACCCACACAGCAUCUAUCUCUGUUACUCUCUGGGUCCAUCCCUUCAGCUCGAACAGCCUUCUCAGCCCUGUGGCGUCUCAUAGGUGUAACCAGAGUGACUGUGUCAUAAUGAGCGUCAGUUGACAUUGUGUUUCUGUUCUAUCUCUCUCGCUCUCUCUCUCUCUCUCUCUCUCUCUCUCUCUCUCUCUCUCUCUCUCUCUCUCUCUCUCUCUCUCUCUCUCUCUCUCUCUCUCUCUCUCUCUCUCUCUCUCUCUCUGUCUCUCAAGGAGAACUGUGAGACUCUGAUGCCCAUUGGAGACUGGAAGGUACUGAAACUGUUCUCUAUAUUUUCAAUAUACCGUACUCUCUUCCUCGCUAUAUCCUUCUCUGGUUGUUGUUAUUACUGUACACCACAGGAGGCUGCUGAGGGGAAAACGGCUCAUAAUAAUGGCCGGAACGGCGCAAAUAAAAUGGCAUCAAACACCUGGAAACCAUGUGUUUGACCUAUUUGAUACCAUUCCACCUAUUCCGCUCCAGUCAUUACCACGAGCCUGUCCUCCCCAAUUAAAGUGCUACCAACCUCCUGCACUGUACACUCACCCAUGUAACCAUGGUGACUCAUUGGGAGGAAGAGAGGGAAGAAGAGGAAGAUGGGGAGAAGGAGAAAUAACUGUUUGGUCAUGGCACAGCCUAAUAUGAGUUGGGACCACUACAUACUGAUGGAAUCAUUCACUAUCACACAGCAGCUCUCACACAGUGCAGAAGCACAGUGGUUCUGAAGUCCUUAGAAGUUGAUUUAUGUGCCCGUGAUGUUCAGAGUCUAUUUUAACAUGAAUCCACGUAGUGAUGAGAUCAGAGUUAUAUGACUAAUCCUCCAGACACCUCCUUUCUCAUCUCUGUCUGAAACCUCCAGUGUCACCUCCCCCCUCUCUCACCUCCCCCUCUGCCCCCCUCUCCCCCACUCUCUCACUUACCCUCUCAAUUCAAUUCAAUUCAAAGGGCUUUAUUGGCAUGGUAAACAUAUGUUUACAUUGCCAAAGCAAGUGAAAUCGAUAAUAAACAAAAGUGAAAUAAACAAUAAAAAAUGAACAGUAAACAUUACACUCACAAAAGUUUCAAAGGAAUAGAGACAUUUCUAAUGUCAUAUUAUGGCUUUGUACAGUGUUGUAACGAUGUGCAAAUAGCUAAAGUACAAAAGGGAAAAUAAAUAAACAUAAAUAUGUGUUUGUUCUUCGCUGGUUGCCCUUUUCUUGUGGUUUGUUCGUCACUGGUUUGUCCCUUUUCGUGUGGCAACAGGUCACAAAUAUUGCUGCUGUGAUGGCACACUGUGGUAUUUCACGUAAAAGAUAUGUGAGUUUUGUCAAAAUUUGAUUUGUUUGCUAAUUCUUUGUGGGUCUGUGUAAUCUGAGGGAAAUAUGUGUCUCUAAUAUGGUCAUACAUUUGGCAGGAGAUUAGGAAGUGCAGCUCAGUUUCCACCUCAUUUUGUGGGCAGUGUGUACAUAGCCUGUCUUCUCUUGAGAGCCAGUUCUGCCUACGGCGGCCUCUCUCAAUAGCAAGGCUAUACUCACUGAGUCUGUACAUAGUCAAAGUUUUCCUUAAUUUUGGGUCAGUCACAGUGGUCAGGCAUUCUGCCACUGUGUACUCUCUGUUUAGGGCCAAACAGCAUUCCAGUUUGCUGUCUCAAUUUGGUGUUUGUCCCAUUUUGUGAAUUGUUGGUUGGUGAGCGGACCCCAGACCUCACAAUCAUAAAGGGCAAUGGGUUCUAUAACUGAUUCAAGUAUUUUUAGCCAGAUCCUAAUUGGGAUGUCGAAUUUUAUGUUCCUUUUGAAGGCGUAGAGUGCCCUUCUUGCCUUGUCUCUCAGAUCGUUCACAGCUUUGUGGAAGUUACCUGUGGUGCUGAUGUUUAGUCCUUGGUAUGUAUAGUUUUUUGUGUGCUUUAGGGCAAUGGUGUCUAGAUGGAAUUUGAAUUCGUGGUCCUGGCAACUGGACCUUUUUUGGAACACCGUUGUUUUUUUCUUUAAAAAAUGUCAUGUCAGGGCCUAAGUCUGACAGAAUCUGUGCAGAAGCUCUAGGUGCUGUUGUAGGCCCUCUCUCACUUCCCCUCUCCCUACUCUCUCACUUCCCCUCUCCCUACUCUCUCACUUCCCCUCUUCCACAGUGGUUGAGUAUUGAGUGUAUAGUCCCGUGUAGAUCAGUUUACAUUUACGUCAUUUGGCAGACGCUCUUAUCCAGAGCGACUUACAGGAGCAAUUAGGGUUAAGUGCCUUGCUUAAGGGCACAUCGACAGAUUUUUCACCUAGUCGGCUCGGGGAUUAGAACCAGCGACCUUUCGGUUACUGGCACAACGCUCUUACCCACUAAGCUACCUGCCGCCAGUUGGUAGAGCAUGGCGCUUGCAAAGCCAGGGUUGUGGGUUCGAUUCCCUAUUGUAAGUCGCUCUGGAUAAGAGCGUCUGCUAAAAUGUAAAUGUGUGUGUGUGUCCAUGAAUGUGUGUUUUCCUGCUUGUGUGGGUGUCCUCGCAUGUGUGUGUGAUGACAGUGCAUAUGAGUAUGGGUGAGAGAACAAGGUUGUGUAUUUAAUGAAGACGGGAAAUGUUGAGUCAGCCGGGGAGUGGGUUAAUCCCCCUCUUCCGCAGAAAUGGGGAACCGAGAAAGAGACGGGGAGAGUUUACAGUGUCAACUUACUAAGCUCUCUGUACACAGGAAAGGGGGAUACUGUCGAGAGAAAGAAAACAUUGAUGUUGUGGAGAAUAUGGACAAUGGCUGCUGGUGUGAAUAAAUGUAACCUGCAGCAGAGAGAAGGAGAGAGGCCACUGCUGCAAUAUUGAUCUGUAGUCAGCUAGUCAGCACUGUUCCAUCAUCCUCUGCUCUCUGAGUAGACACAUGCACAUACUCUGCUCCGCUCUGCUGGUGACCUCUGGCCACUUACUGUCCCAUCAAUGUCCCAUUACACAGAGGCAUGGAGGAGCCUACUGGCUGCUGCUGCACACCUUUUAGCUCAGAGACAGCGAGAGACGUCAUUGUUCUCAGUUGAAAUUUUAUUUGUAAAAACAAAUCUCACUGCAUGCUAAGCAUUUGUUUAAGCAUCACCAUCCAUGACUGUUAAGGAGCGAUAAGAGGGAUGGGAAAGGAAAUUAGACAGGUGGGACAGGGACAAUGAGAGAGAGAGGGAGAGAGAGAAGGAGAGAGAGAUGGAGAGAAAGAGAGAGGGAGAUAAGCCAUCUUCUCCUGAAACAGAGCAGUGGUGCUGAUGAGAGAGCAAAACAAGAGCACAGCAGAGAACCUGCUGUGACUGACAGAGCAGCCAACCAAUCAUGUACAGAGAGGCAGCACUGGCAGCGAAUAGGCUUGAGUUCAGCACGCCCUCAUGGUGGGGUUUAUAAGGUGUCGGGGGAAGAGAGGGGGCAGCAGCACUGCAGCGCUCAGCCCCAGAGCAGGACGAGGCUAGACGAGACGAGACAAGACGAGACAAAGAGACCACCAGCAGGCUCUCCCAGCAGGCUCUGCUCUAAAGCCAGGACCUAGUCCCACUACAGGAGAGGACUGGCUCUGCUCUAAAGCCAGGACCUAGUCCCACUACAGGAGAGGACUGGCUCUGUCUGUCUGUCUCGUCUCCACUGGCUGCUCCUCCUCCUCCUCCUGCCGCUCUUCCUACUCUUCCUCCUCCUCCACUGAGCACGCUUACUGAGGCAACAUGCCUGAAUGCUGGGACGGGGUGAGUGGCAGUGUAGUGUGUCUGCAGGUUUAUACUGAGUGACUGUUUGAGUGUGCUCAUUGUUUCUGCUGGUGCAUGGAUGACUGCAUAUUUUGGUUGAUAGAGUGAGGAUAUUUUGAUGAAGUGGAAGCGAAUCCACUACUACAGUAUAUCUUCAUUAAUAAACUCUUUUGUUCAUGGGUAUGUAUGACAGGCACAUUUUGCAUAGGUUCAUUUGGCAUGUACAUACACACCCCCGUCUUACCUUAUUCAUGCAUGUUCUUAUAUCAUGUUUAUACCUUAUCAAAAUGACUAGCUAUCUAUGAUUUACCCUGCUGUUGUAAUACUCUGUAAUAAUAGUGCAUACGAUAAGAUCAUCUGUGAAAGAUUCAUGUUGAAAUAUUAGUGCUCUAGUUGUGCUUAUAUUUUAUGUUUUAAUAUCUAAUUUUAUGUAUGGGUUAAUCAUGCAUACUGAAAUGGUUGUUGUACUGUUAUUGUGUUCCUCUAAUGAUCAGUCAUGUAAUGUAUGACUCUGCGUGGAGACAAGCUGACACACUAAUGCUGCAACACACAAUAACGCAUUCCGCCAUACAUGCAUGUCUACACAGGGAAAUAGACCUUAGAGUAUGUGAGAUGUCCUUGUGAGUUGCUUAAUUAUUCCGUACUAGGACAAAUGUCUCUCUGACCUUGGGAGCCAGAAGGAAGGGAGUGAGAGAGGAAGAUGAGAGGGAGGGACUGAGAGAAGAAGGGACUGAGGGAGUGUUUGCAGUAUGUGAUACAGGCGCUGUUUUUAUCUGCAGUCCAUUGUGCUCCACCGAGGUGGUCUUUGUCUUUGUCUAUGAUAUUUCAGACAGGCAUCCAUACAGAAAAUACUAAAUCAUUUUUACCCAUUCUAUCAACCCCUAUCAAACUGUAGUCGUGUACUGCAUCAUCUUUAGCACCCGAUUUGACCUUGUUGACCUACAUUGUAUCUGUCAAUCGUUCACACAAGCAAUUCAUGUUACACAAAGACAAACGAGACAACAGAUAUUACAGGUGAUUAACUGUACUGCAGUACCUGCAAAUGUAUUGCUUCACUGAGUGCAUGCAGAAUACUGUCAGAUAUAUUGGGUGUCAGAAUGAUGCGUGGUUAGGGAGCACUUUCCGUGACAGACUAUGGCUGCAUCCUUAAUGGAACCCUAUUCCUUAUUUAGUGCACUACUUCUGACCAGGGCCCAUAGAGCUCUUGUCAAAAGUAUAUAGGGAAUAGGAUGCCAUUUGGGAUGCAGCCUAUCAGUGACAUUUCACUGCACUGCUCUCAAGAAAUCAAGAAAUGUCCGAACGAAUCCAGAUAACAACCCGAAUAACACUGUAUCAGUAAUCCAAAUGCAAAAUAUGAGUAUAUACACCGAAAAUAUAUACUAAGAAUGAUAUGUACAGCAGUAGAUAUAUUCACUAUGUCAAUAAUCCAGUAUAUAAAAACACAGUGUGAAAAACAGUAUAAAAGAAACAGGAAGUGUCCAGUGUUUAAUGUCUCUAUAUCCAUGGGACAGGAGCAUUGGCUGUGUGAGUGUGUGUGUACAGUAUGUGUGUCUGUUUGUGAGUAUGGGCAUAAGGGUGUGUGACUGUAUAUGUGAGUACAUGAGUCUGCGUGUGUAUGAGGUGUGUGUGAGCUUGUGUGUGUGUUCUGUGUGAGUGAGUGUGUGGGAGUAUGCUGCACAGAAUGUUUUUUUCCCCCUCACCGGAGCAGAAUAUUAUACGCAUACUGUGUGCCAGACAUGUAUUUCCAAUACUCUAUAUGCACAGUGUCAGUCCUCUAUCAGAAUUCUCAUGUGAAUCCAUAAAGGUUUUAUGUUGAUCAGAGGCAGACAGUUGAGUAUGGGGCCUAUUAUAUCAGUGAUAGUUAUUGGGUGAUAGGAACUGUCUGUGCUCGUCAGUAAAACCCUAUUGAACCCCACCAAGAUUGUGUGUAUGUCUAGAGGUACAUUAUGUCUCUGUGAGUGUAAAUCUAUGCAUUCCCAUUAGAAAUAAGCAUUUGUAUGUUUCAGGAACAUGACAUUGAGACUCCCUAUGGGAUGCUUCAUGUGGUGAUUCGUGGUGCACCCAAAGGAAACAAGCCUGCUAUCCUCACCUACCACGAUGUUGGGCUUAACCGUGAGUACACACUGUCCCUCCACCUGUGUGUGUGUGUGUGUGUGUGUGUGUGCAUGCGUGUUUUGUGUGUGUGCUCCAUGUGUGUGUGUUCACGUCUGUGUUGCACCACCAUCAGUCACGCAACGGUGACCUGCAGCUGGUUCCAGGAGGCAUCUCUCCACACUUCCUCAGGGUGUUGUUCAUGGUGUGACUUGGCAGUUGGCAGCUAUAUCCGUAGAGCUGUCAGCCCCGCAAAGGACGUGUUGUGCCUGUUAUCUGAGGUGAUAAUUGGACUCCAUACUGGGAGCUAUAUCAUUCCCUGACAGCCAUCCAGCCAGCCCACUGCAGAGUGCAGACAGACUAGAGAGAGAGGGUUCUUCGGCUGUCCCCAUAGGAGAACCCUCUCUCUCUACCUUUAAGGGUCUGUCAGAGUACUGUACCAAACGAGUAUGCGUACGCACAGCAGUGUUCUAGAACAUUGGACCGUUGGCUUUCAUACUUUUCGAAUUCUCAGCGCAGCCGAAGCAAUUUCUCCAACAGUCAACACAUUCAAAUGAAUAGAGGACGCGAACCAGAGACGUGUUGGUUUGGAAUUGUGGGGAGGUGCGUGUUCGGGCUGUACGUCUCCCGCAGAUGGUGGUCUUAGAGCCAUGUACAGUGGGGAGAACAAGUAUUUGAUACACUGCCAAUUUUGCUGGUUUUCCUACUUACAAAGCAUGUAGAGGUCUGUCAUUGUUAUCAUAUGUACACUUCAACUGUGAGACACGGAAUCUAAAACAAAAAUCCAGAAAAUCACAUUGUAUGAUUUUUAAGUAAUUAAUUUGCAUUUUAUUACAUGACAUAAGUAUUUGAUACAUCAGAAAAGCAGAACUUAAUAUUUGGUACAGAAACCUUUGUUUGCAAUUACAGAGAUCAUACGUUUCCUGUAGGUCUUGACCAGGUUUGCACACACUGCAGCAGGGAUUUUGGCCCACUCCUCCAUACAGACCUUCUCCAGAUCCUUCAGGCUUCAGGGCUGUCGCUGGGCAAUACGGACUUUCAGCUCCCUCCAAAGAUUUUCUAUUGGGUUCAGGUCUGGAGACUGGCUAGGCCACUCCAGGACCUUGAGAUGCUUCUUACGGAGCCACUCCUUAGUUGCCCUGGCUGUGUGUUUCGGGUCGUUGUCAUGCUGGAAGACCCAGCCACGACCCAUCUUCAAUGCUCUUACUGAGGGAAGGAGGUUGUUGGCCAAGAUCUCACGAUACAUGGCCCCAUCCAUCCUCCCCUCAAUACGGUGCAGUCGUCCUGUCCCCUUUGCAGAAAAGCAUCCCCAAAGAAUGAUGUUUCCACCUCCAUGCUUCACGGUUGGGAUGGUGUUCUUGGGGUUGUACUCAUCCUUCUUCUUCCUCCAAACACGGCGAGUGGAGUUUAGACCAAAAAGCUCUAUUUUUGUCUCAUCAGAUCACAUUACCUUCUCCCAUUCCUCCUCUGGAUCAUCCAGAUGGUCAUUGGCAAACUUCAGACAGGCCUGGACAUGCGCUGGCUUGAGCAGGGGGACCUUGCAUGCGCUGCAGGAUUUUAAUCCAUGAUGGCGUAGUGUGUUACUAAUGGUUUUCUUUGAGACUGUGGUCCCAGCUCUCUUCAGGUCAUUGACCAGGUCCUGCCGUGUAGUUCUGGGCUGAUCCCUCACCUUCCUCAUGAUCAUUGAUGCCCCAAGAGGUGAGAUCUUGCAUGGAGCCCCAGACCGAGGGUGAUUGACCGUCAUCUUGAACUUCUUCCAUUUUCUAAUAAUUGCGCCAACAGUUGUUGCCUUCUCACCAAGCUGCUUGCCUAUUGUCCUGUAGCCCAUCCCAGCCUUGUGCAGGUCUACAAUUUUAUCCCUGAUGUCCUUACACAGCUCUCUGGUCUUGGCCAUUGUGGAGAGGUUGGAGUCUGUUUGACUUGAGUGUGUGGACAGGUGUCUUUUAUACAGGUAAUGAGUUCAAACAGUUGCAGUUAAUACAGGUAAUGAGUGGAGAACAGGAGGGCUUCUUAAAGAAAAACUAACAGGUCUGUGAGAGCCGGAAUUCUUACUGGUUGGUAGGUGAUCAAAUACUUAUGUCACGCAAUAUAAUACAAAUGAAUUACUUAAAAAUCAUACAAUGUGAUUUUCUGGAUUUUUGUUUUAGAUUCCGUCUCUCACAGUUGAAGUGUACCUAUGAUAAAAAUUACAGACCUCUACAUGCUUUGUAAGUAGGAAAACCUGCAAAGUCGGCAGUGUAUCAAAUACUUGUUCUCCCCACUGUAGCUACAGUAUGUCACAAUGGGACGCCGGACUAUCGCGUCCUAGUGUCCUAGCGUCUGUGGACUAUGAUUUAGGCUUUACCCAGCAUGUCUGUUACUACCUCCCCACAGAGCCUGCUCGUUAGCUCCUCUAAUUGGUGGAUGGAGACGGCUUUUCAAUGUUGCUGCAGUUUGCAUGGAGUCUUGUCAGGGGUCGGAAUGACUCAUAGAUACAAAACACAGUAUUUAUUCUACGUUACAACAAAAUUACAUUACCAGUAGCUGUUGACUGCAAUUUGAAAUACGUUCCAACAAAAGAUCCAGUGUAUCCAUUGAAAUUGCCUACACAACCUGCAUUCCACAAGAUAACACUGUCUGUCAGAGUGGUCCAUAAUUCAAUAAAGGAGUGGAUAAUUAAAUAAUGAUGGAUGGAGAGAGAAACAAAGAGAAAGAGCAACAGAAAGAGAGGGAGGGAGAGGGAGAAAUGUAGGACAGAAAAACAUCCCUAUCAUCCAGUGUUAAAGCGAGGUGAGGGAGGGAGGGCAGGAAGGAAGGCAGGCAGGGCGGGGUUGUUGUUGGGGGAUGGUCAGCAUUGCGGCGCUGUAGAUCAGCUGCUCCACUGCCUGCCUGCCUCCCUCUGCCUGCCUCCCUCCCUCUGCAGCUGGGGGUAUUAGUAUGCAUUGCCAGGAACCACAGCGCUGCAGCCUGACUCCGUCUACACAGAUACAGGAUGGAGGGAGAGGAGAGGAGAGAGAGGAAGGGAGAGGGCGAGGAGAGGAGAGGAUGCGGAUGCAGGCAGGGAGGAGCGACUGAGUAUCGUAUGGAGUAGCGAGAAGCGGUGGGGUGAGAGAGGACGUAGAGGAGAGGAGAGGAGAGGAGAGGAGACAGAAUAGAGGAGACACUGGCCUAUAUAUGGCUCUGUUGCUCCUGUACUGUGUCCUUGUACUGUGCUGGGGAGGAGAUGGGUCAGGUUUCCACAGGGAGAUAAUGCGCCUGCGGUGGAUGAAGAUUAAUGGUCUUCUAUUGCCCUAUGGCUGACUGUGUGUGGGCGAAUCAGAAUCACCUCGCUGCCUUUGUGUGCUGCCAGAUAAAUUAAAUAGCACAGAACACAUCAGCUUCAUCACGUUUCAGCUUUUUAAUUUCCGUCCGGUUAUUGGUUAAUUAGCCUGUGUAAUGUUGUUUGUUGGUUUUUGAUGAGCUGGAAUGAACAUCUCAGUGUUUUUAUCACCUUCUUAGCUCCAUGGAGCAGAACAGUGUUGUUGUUGUUGUUGUUGUCUGACUCACCACAAACAGAAGACAAGUAGGACAUCAGCGGUGGUGGGAGGCGGGAAACAGAGUUGUUGAUAUCAGAGUUGUUGGUAUCAGAGUUGUUGAUAUCAGAGUUGUUGAUAUCAGAGUUGUUGAUAUCAGAGUUGUUGGUAUCAGAGUUGUUGAUAUCAGAGUUGUUGCUAUCGGAGUUGAUGAUAUCAGAGUUGUUGAUAUCAGAGUUGUUGCUAUCAGAGUUGUUGAUAUCAGAGUUGUUGCUAUCAGAGUUGUUGAUAUCAGAGUUGUUGCUAUCAGAGUUGUUGCUAUCAGAGUUGUUGAUAUCAGAGUUGUUGAUAUCAGAGUUGUUGCUAUCAGAGUUGUUGCUAUCAGAGUUGUUGAUAUCAGAGUUGUUGCUAUCAGAGUUGUUGCUAUCAGAGUUGUUGCUAUCAGAGUUGUUGAUAUCAGAGUUGUUGCUAUCAGAGUUGUUGAUAUCAGAGUUGUUGAUAUCAGAGUUAUUGAUAUCAGAGUUGUUGCUAUCAGAGUUGUUGAUAUCAGAGUUGUUGAUAUCAGAGUUGUUGCUAUCAAAGUUGUUGAUAUCAGAGUUGUUGGUAUUAGAGUUGUUGAUAUCAGAGUUGUUGAUACGGUUGCAGAUUUUAAGAGGUACUAUAUAUAAGAGGUGUAAUUGCUGGUCUGUACAACUGAGAGAGUGUUGGCACUUCUGUCAACCUAUAAACUCAGUUAAAUGUCUCAGUUUAAGUGCAGUAUAUCAAACUAGAUUGGUUUCUCUUUACUCUGACUUACUGGAAGACCGCUCAAGCACCCAGAUGAUGGGGAUGGAAUGACUCCCAGUGAAACCUGAUUGGCCAUUCUCUCAUAUCUGUGAGAUUUAUUCUCCCUGCUGACAGGGUAGCAAUGGCACAGAUGGCCACCUUCAAGGUGCUCUCUUUAAUGCAUAUUUAAUGUGUUUACUCUAGCUCUCUCUCUCUCUCUCUCUCUCUCUCUCUCUCUCUCUCUCUCUCUCUCUCUCUCUCUUCUCUCUCUCUCUCUCUCUCUCUUCUCUCUGUCUCUCUCUCUCUGUCUCUCUGUCUCUGCCAUCCACAGACAAGCUGUGCUUCAACAGCUUCUUCCAAAACGAGGACAUGCAGGAGAUCACCAAGCACUUUGUGGUGUGCCAUGUGGAUGCUCCUGGACAGCAGAUUGGAGCCUCUCAGAUGCCACAGGGGUAAUAUAUAGUACCUACACAUUCACAUGCACGCACGUUAGACACACAGACACACACACACGAUCGUGCACACACACACAUGAGCGUUCUUGCACACACACAUGAGCAUUGAUGCACACACACGCGUAUACGCAAGUAUAUGCAUGUUUCCACACACCUCUGUUGUUGUAUUGUAUUGACUGGAAUAUGCAUAUAGACAAGAAUUUCUACAAUGCUGUCUCUCUCUUCCGUGUGACUGUUUAACUAAAGGUCUCCACCUUACCUCUCCACAGGUACCAGUACCCCACCAUGGACCAGCUGGCAGGCAUGUUGCCCAGCGUAGUGCAGCACUUUGGGUGAGUGGGCCUCCCCUUCCUCUCUUUCCUAGUAAACAGUACAUUCAUCAUCCAUACACUCUUAGAAAAAAGGGUUCCAAAAGGGUUAUUCUGCUGUCCCCAUAGGAGAACCCUUUUUGGUUCCAGGUAGAACCCUUUUUGGUUCCAGGUAGAACCCUUUUUGGUUCCAGGUAGAAUAUUUUUUGGUUCCAUAUAGAACCCUCUGUGUAAAGGGUUCCACAUGGAACUCAAAAGGGUUCUACCUGGAACCAAAAAGGGUUCUACCUCGAAGAACCCUUUUAGGUUCUAGAUAGCACCUUUUUUUAUAAGAGUGUAUUGUUGAACUUUGAAUGAAUUAAUACAACUGAUAAACCUGUAAAGUAAUUCAAACCAUUCUCAUUUUCCAGAUUCAAGAGCAUUUUGGGCAUUGGAGUUGGAGCUGGUGCCUACAUCCUGGCCAAAUUUGCUGUAAGUCAUACCCUGUUAUUGUUCUUUGCUUGUCCACAUAUUUCAUAUUUUUGUUGCCUGAUAAUGAUCCCAAGUGUAUCUAACAUAACACACCCCUGCUCUGCUCUGUCCUCAGCUGAUCUUCCCUGAUCUGGUGGAGGGCCUGGUGCUGCUCAACAUCGACCCCAACGGGAAGGGAUGGAUCGAUUGGGCCACCGGCAAGGUAGCAGAUACUGCACCUCUGUGACAAACACGUAAACAGAGUUACCUUUAAAGCAGCCAUUUUAUCCCAACUAUCAAAAUGGCUGCUCUUGUUGCAAUGGGUGCAAGGCAAUAAUCUCUCUCUUUCCUCCUCUCUCUCUCUCUCUCUCUCUCCCUCUCUCUCUUUCUCUUCUUCCUCUCCAGCUGUCUGGGCUCACCAGUGCUCUUCCAGACACUGUGCUGCCCCACCUCUUUAGCCAGGUGAGCUCUCAGUCCAGAUAAAUUGUUACCCACCUACAACAGUUGGUGGCAACACAUAGUACUACAUACAACAACAACACUAGCCUACAGGGUUUUUAUGCUCAUAAACCUUUCAGAGACACCAGUCUCUCAGUCUACCUGUGUUAAUAGUUGAUUGUUGUACAGGAGGAGCUGAUGAACAACACAGAGCUGGUCCAGAGCUACCGUCAACAGAUCAACAACACCGUCAACCAGGUCAACCUGCAGCUCUUCUGGAACAUGUACAACAGGUAACACACACACACACACACUUCAGAAUGUGUGUGUGUGUGUGUUUGGCAGAUGGGGAGAUGGGGAGAGUUCUAUAUUCUGUGAGAGAAUGUAAGCAGUGUGUCUCACAGUUCUCUUCUCCUUCUCAGCCGUAGGGAUCUGGAGAUGAACCGCACCGGGACCAUCAUCAAUGCCAAGACCUUGAAGUGAGUCUCUCUACUACACUAGUCCAUUCUCUAUGGUUCUUCAUGUCAUUGGCUAAUAGUGUUUAGGUACCCUUAUCGUUCAUAACAGGUUACUGGGAUUAGCCAUGUUUACUGUUUGUGUAUGUGUGUUUGUGUUGUUUGCUGAUCUGUGCUCUGUGUUUCUAGGUGCCCUGUCAUGCUGGUUGUUGGUGACAACGCUCCAGCUGAGGAGGGAGUGGUGAGUCCUUUUCCUUCUGUUAUUCCGCUCCUUAUUCCUUCUCUCCAUUUCUAUCUCUUCCUUCUCUACCUCCCUACUCCCUCCCUCUCUCCCUGUCUCACCUCCCUCUCUCCCUGUCUCACCUCCCACUCUCCCUGUCUCACCUCCCUCUUUCCCUGUCUCACCUCCCACUCUCCCUGUCUCACCUCCCUCUCUCCCUGUCUCACCUCCCUCUCUCCCUGUCUCACCUCCCUCUCUCCCUGUCUCACCUCCCACUCUCCCUGUCUCACCUCCCUCUCUCCCUGUCUCACCUCCCUCUCUCCCUGUCUCACCUCCCACUCUCCCUGUCUCACCUCCCUCUCUCCCUGUCCUCCACCUCUCUCUCUCCCCUUUCUCACCUCCCCCCCUCCCUGUCCCCUCCCCCUCCCUUUUCUCCCUUCCACCUCCCCUCUCUCCCUUUCUCACCUCCCCUCUCCCUUCUUACCCCUCCCCCCCUCCCUCCCUGUCUCACCUCCCACUCUCCAUGUCUAAACCUCCCUCCCCUCCCUGUCUCACCUCCCUCUCUCCCUGUCUCACCCUCCCUCCCUCCCUGCCUCCUCUCCCCCCCCCCCCCCCUCCUUCCCACCUUCCCUCCCUCACUUGGCAUGCUGAGAGGUAAGUGUUUGCCCUCACUGAGAGAAACAGAAGCAGGUCAGUAAAUUUAGGAAAGAUUGAAUGAUGGGAGGAGGGGAUGGGAAGGAGAUAGGAGAGGAGUCGAAUGAGAGGUUAUACAACCUUGUUAGGGAGGGAGGGAGUGAGGGAGAUAUGACAUAUGGAGGUCACUUUAAAAUUUGAUGCUAUUUGGUGUGAAGCACCCUGCUGCUCAUUUCAUCUGGAGAGAGAGAGAGAGAGAGAGAGAUCAUCGGAGAAUCGACGAGAGAUAGGAAAGAGAGCCAGAUAGCUUCCUAGGUGAGAGAAGAAGAGCGGACGAUUCUGCUAGCCCCGGCUCUUCCCGUGGAGUGUCACUUUAAUAUUUGAUGCUAUUUGGUUUUGAAGCACCCGGGUGCUCAUUUUUCCAAACUGGAGAGAGUGAGGAGAGAAGAGAAACAUAAGAAAAGAGAGUGUUUAAAAGAGAGACACCCAUAAGUCCCCACCAGAGGGCAUUCCAGCCACCUAAUCUUCCUGCCAUUCUGUCAGACCUGCCCUGACAGUAAAAACUCAUAAGACAAAAUAAUCCAGUUGACCGGACCACAUAUACUGGUCCGUUGACCAGGGACCACAUAUACAAAUUCCUCUAACACCGUUGCCCCUAGAGCACAAAACAACUAUACAUACCUUGGGGAAAAAAAAGGGUUUGGGGGGGGGGGAAAAAAAUUUUUGGGGGGGGGGGAAAAAAAAAUUUUUUUAAAAAAAGGGGGGGGGGGAAAAAAAAAUUUUCCCCCCGGGUUUUUUUUAAAACCCCCCCAAAAAAAAAGGGGGGAAAAAAAAAAAAAAAAAAAAAAAAGGGGAAAGGGGGGAAAAUUUUUUCCCCCCUAAAAACCCCCUUUUCCUUUUAAAAACCAAAAACAUUUUUGUUUAAAAUUUUUUUUUUGGGGGAAAAACCCAACCCAAAACCCCCCUUUUUUUUUUUUUUUUAAAAAAGGAAAAAAGGGAAACAAAAAAAAAAAGGGGGAAAAAAAACCCCUUUUUCCCCCCCGGGGGGAAAAUUUCCCCCAAAAAAAUUUUUUAAAAAAUUUUGGAAAACCCCCCCUUUUUUUUUAAAAAAAAGGGGCCCCUUUUAAAACCCCAAAAAAAAAAAUUCCCCCCCCCCAAAAAAAACCCCCCUUUGGGAAAAACCCCUUUUUCCCCUUUGGGCCCCCAAAAAAAUUUUUCCCCCCCCCCCCCCCCCAAAAAAAAAAACCCCCCCCCCAAAAAUUUUGGGGGGAAAAAACCCCCCCCAAAAAAAAAAACAAAAAUUUUAAAAUUUUUUUAAAAAAAAAAAAAAUAAAAAAAACCCUUUUAAAGUUUUUUUUAAAAAAAAAAAAAAUUUGGGCCCCCCCCCCAAAAAAAACCCCAAAAAAAAAAAUUUUUUGGGGCCCCCAAAAAAAUUUUUUCCCCCCUUUUUUUAAAAAAAAACCCAAACCCCUUUUUAAAAAAAACCCCCAAAAAAAAACCCCCCCCAAAAAAACCCCCCUUUUUCCCCCCGGGGCCCCCCAAAAAAAAGGGGGGGGGGGCCCCAAAAAAAAAAAGGGGGGGGCCCCCAAAAAAAAAAAAAAAAAAAAAAAAAGGGGGGGUUUAAAAAAAAUAAAAGGGUUUUUGGGGAAAAAAGGGGGGGCCCCCCAAAACCCCCCCAAGGCCCCCAAAAGGGAAAGCAAAAAAAGGGGGGGGGGGGCCCCCCCCCCCCAAAAAAAGGGGGAAAAAAAAAGGGGCCCGGGGCCAAACCCCCGGCCCCCCCCCAAAAAAAAAAAAUUUUCCAACCCCCCAAAUUUAGAGCCCUUUUUCCCCCAGAUCCCAAAGAAUUAAAAACAAAACCCCUUUUUUUCCCCCCUUUUUUUUCCCCCCCCCCACAAAAAAUUUUUUUUCCCGAAAAAAGGGGAAAAAAAAAAAAAAAAAAACCCCAAAAAUUUUUUUUUUUUUUUUAAAUUUUUUUAAAAAAAAUUUAAAUUUUUAAAAUUUUUUUUUUUUUUUUUAAAUUUUUUUUAAUUUUUUAAUUUAUUUUUUUUUUUUUUUUUUUCCCCCAAAUUUUUUUUUUCCCAAAAACCCCAAAAAUUUUUUUUUAAAAAAAAAAAAAAAAAAUAGGUUAAAAAAAAGGGAGAGAGAGAAAAGGGGGAAAAACCCCCCCCGGGGGGGGGGGGGGUUUUUUUUUUUAAAAAUUUGGGGGGGCCCUUUUUGGGAUUUUUUUUUUCCCCCCCCCCCCUUUUUUUUAAAAAAAAAAAAAGGGAAAAAAAAAAAAAAAAAAAAAAAGGGGGGAAAAAAACCUUUCCCCCCAAAGGGGGCCCCCCCCUUAAACUUUUUAAAAAAAAAAGGGGGGGGGGGGAAAAAAAGGGGGGAAAAAAAAACCCCCCCUAAAACCCCCCCCCGGGGGCCCCUUUUUUUUAAAAAAAAAAAACCCCCAAAAAAAACCCUUCCCCUUUUCCCCCCCCCCCCCCCUUCCCCCCCCCAAAAUUUUAAAAAAAAAUUUUUUUUUUUUUUUUUUUUUUAAAAAAAAAAUUCCCCUUUUUUUUCCUUUUUUUUAAAAUUUAAAAACCCCCUUUUUUUAAAAUUUUUUCCCAAAAAAAAAAAAUUAAAACCCCUUUUUUUAAAAAAAUUUUGGGUUUUUUUUUAAAAAAACUUUUUAAAAAUUUUUUUUUCCCCCAAAAAAAAAAAAGGGGGUUUUUUUUAAAAAAAAACCAAAAAAAUUAAAAAAAAUUUAAAAAACCCCCCGGGGGUUUUUUUUCCCCCUUUUUUUUUGGGGUUUUAAAAAAAAAAAUUUUUUUUUCCCCAAAAAAAUUUUUUUCCCCCAAAAAAAGGGAAAAAUUUUAAAAAAUUUUUAAAAAAACCCCCUUUUUCCCCCCCAUUUUCCCCCCCCCCCCCCCACCCCUUUCCCCCCUUUUUUUUUCCCCCCAAAAAACCCCGGGGCCCCCUUCCCUUUUUAAAAACCCCCCAAAAAGGGGGGGGGGUUUUUUGGGGGCCCCCCCCCCAAAAAUUUUGGGGGGGGUUUUUUUCCCCCCAAAAAAAAUUUUCCCCCCCCAAAAAAAAAAAAAAAAUUUUCCCCUUUUUUUUUUUAAAAAACCCCCCCAAGGAAAUUUUCCCCCCCCAAAAAACCCCAAAAAACCCCAAAAACCCCCUUUUCCCCCAAAAAUUUUUUUUAAAUUUUUUUUUUGGGUUUUUUUUUUUAAAAAAAAAAUUUUUUUUUUUUUUGGUUUUAAAAUUUUUUUUUAUUUUUUUUAAUUUUUUUUCCCCCCAGUUGAUUGGGGAGACUGUAUCGAGAAGCAAUGAGGAAAGAUAGAGGAGAUUUACCCAAAACCCACAUAUGUACACACCCCUGGUUGUGACUUCACAGCCUCCUCUAUUGUGUGUUGGAAUGACUGAUCACUGCAGCAGACUACAUUAUCUGGGUAAUCCCUCCCUCCCUGCUCCCCCGCCUCCCUCCAAGCAUCUCUUUCAUUCACAACAUCUACAUCCCUGAAAUCCUACUGAUUUCAAGUUUUUUUUAUGUGGUAAUGUUAAUAUCCAAGCAAAUUGGCCCUCGUUAUUUAAUAUGCUGUUGUUGUUUUUCUCAAGGUCGAAUGCAAUUCCAAACUUGACCCAACCAACACCACCUUCUUAAAGGUAUGAGUGUAAAGUAAUGUUGAAGAUUAUUAGUCUUUAUUGGAUUGUCUUUAUUGAUUCAAAUAAUUUAGUAAUUUGUUAAUUAUUUUGAUUUUACAUGCUGUAGUUUGUUAAACCAUUUGAAAUAAAGAUAUUGUAUAGUUACUAACUAUGGUUCUGUCCCUGUUCUCCCCUGUUGUGCUUCAGAUGGCUGACUCUGGUGGACUCCCUCAGCUCACACAGGUCAGAACACUGCCUUCAGAUGGCCCUCUGUGUCUUCUCAUCACACAUUCAAAUACCUCUUCCUCUCUGCCCCACCUCCAUUUCCCCCUUACUUGAUCCAGUUUCUCUUCUGACACAACUCUCAGAUGACCCCUAACUUCCUCUUUAAAAUGCCCCUCUAACCUCUCUAUAUGGGGCCUCCCUAUAACCCUCUACUGACCCUCAAGUUCCUUUUUUAUAAACCAUUCUGCCACCAUGAGAGGGUUGUCUCUAUAGCACUCACCACAGCACUCCUCAGAGAUCAUUAACCUCAUCUGGGUUCAGGGUUACACAGAGUCUCAGGAGGUCAAGUUUCUUACCACACUCUCCUUGUUGUUUUAUAGCCUGGAAAACUGUCCGAAGCAUUCAAGUACUUCCUCCAGGGGAUGGGCUACAGUAAGUAUCUAGAAGCAGAUUACAAUCAUUUGUCACAUAUGAGUGAGUGUAUGAGACUGUGUGUGUGGGUUUGUGGUCUUUCAGAAACUAGGCAUCACUACCUUGACUGAGUUUAUCUCUUCAUUCAAUAUAACACAUUAGAUCUGGUAAAAGAUAAUACAAACAAAAAAACAUUUUCUAUUAUUUUCUUUGUUCCAUCAUCUUUGAAAUGAAAGAGAAGGGACACAAUAUAAUAUUGCAGUUAAGGCACAAUUUAGAUUUUGGCCACUAGAUAGAAGCAGUGUGUGUGUGCAAAGUUUUAGAUUGAUCCAGUGAAGCAUUGCAAUACUGGACUAUUUUGUAUCAAGUCUGCCCAAAUGUGCCGAAUUGGUCAAUUUAUACAUUUUCAAGUACAUAACUAUAGAGAACAUACAAAAAUGAUAUGGUAAUACAAAAUGUAAGUUUACACACUCCCAGGAAUGUCAUAUAUGAUGGAUCAUUAGCUUAUACACUAACUUUCACACAUCUAGAUGGCCGGGUGGGGUGGGUGUGGAGCCAGAGACAGCAGGGGUUCAAACUGUAGAAACCAGUUCCUACAUUUGAAUAUAAAAAUGGAUUUUAUCAAACAAAACUAUGCUACAUUUUAUCUCUGGGACUCUUGGGAUGACAAAUCAGAGAAAGAUUACUGAAUAUAAGUACAUUAUUUACCAUCAGAGGUGAAUGUAUCAAACCAGUUGCCGUGAUACGUUUGUUGUUGUGCACUCUCCUAAAACAAUAGCAUGGUGUUUUUUCACUGUAAUAGCUACUGUAAAUUGGACAGUGCAGUUAGAUUAACAAGAAUUUAAGCUUUCUGCCCAUAUAAGACAUGUCUAUGUCCUGGAAAGUUUGCUGUUACUUACAACAGUCAUGCUAAUCACAAUAGCGCACGUUAGCUCAACCAUCCUGUAUAUGGGACACCGUACCCGUAGAGGUUAGACACUCUCUGUACGUUGCGUUGUUCUGAAUGUGAGAUAGUGUUCUGACUGUGUUGUGAAUACGUUGUGAAUAUGUUGUUUGGUGUGAUGGGAUGUCUAUUGCAGGGACCUGUGUUGUGUUAAUCUUGCCCUCUGUUUUCCUGCCUUCUCUCAGUUGCGUAUGUGAAGGAUCGGAGGUUGAGUGGAGGGCCAGGUACUUCCUGUUUGCUGUUCACCUCUGACCUCUGACCUCCUCUCUUCUUCCCCUACAUGAGAUGUGCAGUGAUGAUGCUCUGAUCACACAUCUUCCUUUUGACUUAUUAAAAAAUGUUCUUUGUUUUAGCAUUUGAUUUCUGGUCUUUGGCAAUCUUAAAGAUUUUAUUACAUUUUGUAUUUAUAUUCUAAAUGCGUUUUUCCUCAGCCUAAGGAAAAAUAUGCUAUUGUUACUUUUUUCCCAUCCCUGCCAUUGCAUUCCUUAUCUUGCUCUUUGCAUGGCAUACAGUUAAUUAUGAUCCAGUGUUGAACACUCAUUGGCACAUUGGAGUGUCCAAGUGAAGCAACUUUUUGAGAAAUGUUUGCAUGGAAACAACUAGGAUAGAACUGGCCAUAUUUUAAAAGGAUAAUUAUAGCCAAUAGGCAUGUUUUGCAAAUAUCUGCUUUUACUGCAGCUAAGUGGAUGAGCAUCCCAAUGCAUGUGCACUGGGAUUAUGUGCCUCAAUGGAAAACAAACCUUCAGACUGAGCUCCCAAAGUGUUAGAACUACCACUUCCCAAGUUGGAGAUUUUUGGUAAUUGUUACACAAGGUUCAUGUUCUCCAUGCAAUAAAAUGGUCAUAGCUCUCCUCUAAGACAAUUGCAAAAUCUUCACAGAUAUGUUCAGGAACAGAAUAGUGCUUGUAGGAGGGGGAGCUGACGGAGAUCAACUCCUCUGCAGCGUUCAGACUUUCCUCGCAGUCCCACUGCAUGGUUCUGCUGUACUGUAGCAGGGUGAAUGUGCCUGCAUGCAGAGUUGCAGGCACAUGUUGAUGGCUUUACAUAAACUCUCAAGCAUCCAUAGCUAGCAGGAAUGUUUGUUACAGCUAGCUGCUUUGCCGCAUUAGCGGCUCAGGUGUUACUUUUCAGUUUACACAUUGGCAUGUUGUCCCAUAUCUCCCAGCGGUUAGCACAUAUUGACUUAGCUUUGCUGUUGUUUAAAUGCAAAUCUUGGUCUUCACAAGAGUUGGGGGAGACGCGAGCCAGCGAGAGAGCGCUACGAGCGCGCCGCGAAGCGCUCUCAAAGAGAGAGUCGCGAGAGCGAGCGCGCGCGAGAGAGGAGAGCUUCGCAGAUCUAGAGGCAGAAAGGAGAAAGAUCAAUCGCGCGCUCGAGCUAUAAGAGAGAUCCUCAUCUAGUCGUAUCUUCUCUCGCUCUCUCUCUCUAUAUCGCUCUCUCCUCUCUCUCUCUCUCUAUCUCUCACCUCUUCUCUCUCUCUCUCUCUCUCUCAGUUGCCCUCUGCCAGUAUGACCCGCAUCUUGGCCUCCGCUCCCGGACGGCCUCCCUGACCAGUGGCAGCUCCAUUGAGAGCUCUCGUAUCCGGGGUUUUACACACUCUGACAGCAACGAGGGCCAGGUCAGCCACACCAUGGAGGUGUCUUGCUGAACCCCUACACACACACAGACAGACAGACGUGGGUUGGAGAUAGGGACGGAUAGAAAGAGAGAGAGCGAUAGGAGUUUCUACUUUGAAAUGGUUAGUGGAGGGUGUCUUCUCUAUCUAUCUCUCUAUGUCUUUGUCGUAGUAUUACCCAAAAUCCCUCAGUAUUUGACAACUUCUGCCACCCCCUCACCUCACUAUAAAAAUUGACACCAACGUAUUACUCUUCCCCUUAAACUUCGUAAGUAGUUUUGGUUUUGUGUCAUUUGUGUUUUGCUCAGUGUCUCCUCUCCCUUUGCCUUUUCCCUGCUCCUCCUGCCCCUCCCUCUCCCCCUUCCUCCCUCCACUCAGACCCUGAGCCCCAUUUGCCCCCUGCCCCCCUCCUCCCUCCACUCAGACCCUGAGCCCCAUUUGCCCCCUGCCACCCUCCUCCCUCCACUCAGACCCUGA